GCUCCCUAUCCCUGCUUCACCACAAGAAGAACAAUUUAGAAAACUACGAUGGCGAAGAAGCUCAACCCUUUGGAAGAUCCACCUACAUCAUCUUCAAGCGACGAAGAGGAAGUGGAAACUUUGUCUAGAGAGGAGGAGGAGGAGGAGGAAGAAGUCGAAGAAGAGAUAUCCGAUGAUUCUUCGUCUGAAGAAGAAGACGAGCUCAUGAGUCCCGUCAAAAUUCCGUCCAGGAAGAAACCAAAACCUCCGUCCGCUGCUGUUACAAUUGCUGUCCCAGGAAGAUUGUCCAUUACUUCUGGAUCGGAGUCGAGUCCUUCAAAACCCACAGAGAAAGAGGUUCGUGGCUCGCCGGCGAUUAAAUCAGGGAAGAAGCGGCCGGAUGAGAAAAACUCAACGGAGGUGAGUGCGAAACGGGCUAGGAAGGUUUCAGAGGAAACCGAGAAACAGAUUGUAGAGGCUACGAAGAAACCGUUGUUUCAGAGGCUGUGGACUGAGGAAGAUGAGAUCUCUCUGCUACAAGGUAUGAACGAUUAUGAGGCUGAUAAAGGUUAUAGUCCGUACGUAGAUAUGGACGGGUUUUAUGAGCUAGCCCUGAAAUCGAUUAGCUUUCAGGCUAGUAAAAAACAGUUCAGGGACAAGAUUAGUUUUUUGAAGAAGAGGUAUAUGGGGAAAAUGAAGAAUGGUUUAGAAUCGUUAUCAGAAGGUCAUCAUUAGGAAUGUUUGAAAUUGGUCAAGUGUAUUUGGGGUUCUGAUGGGAUUGCUUUUAAAUCUGCUGUUAAAUCUAAUGUGAAGAAGAGUGAGAAGAAGAUAGAGUCUUUGAAACCUUGUAAAGAUGUUGAAGAAGUUAGAAUGGAUCUUGAAUCGGGGGUUAAGUCUAAUGUGAAGAAGAGUGAGAAAAAGAUAGACUCUUUGAGACCUCAUUAUGAAGAAGUUGAAUCUGAUGGAUCUGUCCUUAAGUCUAAUGAGACACCGAAGAAGGGUGAGAAGGAGCUGGACUCUUUGGAAGCUAAUGGUGAAAGGGUGGAAGAAGAUAGAGAUGUGUUAAGUAAAAAGGCAGAAGAAGAUACGGAAGUGUUGAUUCAUGGAGGAGAUUCAGGGUCUAUUGGUCCAAGAGCAUAUGACUGGUUUGAAGAAUCAUUUCUGGUUCGAUCUAUUGUGAGUUUAGGCGUGGAUGAACAGUUUGUGAAACAGAAAUGGAGCAUGGUGGCUGCAGAGACUAAGACGAGGCUGGAAGAGAAGUGGAGGCAGUUGCAAGCCAAAGAAAUGGAAAUUGUGUUGCAGAAGACUGACGUUAUGCGAGAGGUGGGCUCUGUCAUUGCUGAAGCAUCUUAAGAAUAAGGCAUUAGGUAUAUAUAGGUUUAUCGGUUUUAAUGGAGAAGGAGAGGCAAAGCCUUUGUCAUCAAAUUUAGGAAUUUCGUAAUCUCUCUACCUAACUUUCUGGUUUGCUAUUGAUCGUAUGAACUCUGUUUUGGAUUGUUGCUAAUAUUCAACUCCAUGGAAGUAAGUUAUGCCAAGAUCCUAGCAAGAUAUGUUGAUUGAAA